CUUUAUGGUUCAAGGAUCAUAAAAAAGAAGUUUGUUUUUCUCUUUCAUAUUCUUUUAUGGGGGGCUGGUGGAGCAGAAUCAAAGAUCAUGUAAGUCCCGGACGGUUCGGAUCUUGAUGAAUCGGCCUGGCCCUUUCUUAUGGGUCUUCAGAGUCCAGACUCCCCACCAUGGAUUGAGGGAUCUUUAUUAGAUCGCAAGAAUUGGGGCAGGGCGAUCUCGUAUCGGUGGACUAGUAUGGACUAUAUGUAAAAUAAAAAUUAAAAAAAAAAAAUUCAAUUUUUUUCACCGAAAAACAAGCGUUAAUCUAUCCAAUCCGGAUCAUGGUUUGAAGAAUCGGGAUCGUAUGGAAUUGGUUGAAUAGGAUCAAUAUCAGCAUUGAUCGAUCCUAAUUCUUGAUGGUAAAAUGAUCUAAAAAUGGCUUUUUAAAAUCAAAAUCAAUGAUAUUUUUGUUCGAUUCAGACAAAUUGAUAUCAACCUUGACUGAUCCUAUUCCAAAUGCCGAGUUUUCAAACCUUGAUCACGAUCACUGAGACCGAUCCCAAUCCUUAUCCUGAUACCGAUUACUAAAACCGUGGUCUCCACAGAACAAACCCGCGGUCAGACAAAUACCACUAGUUCAUUACCCGCAAACCAUUGGUAAAAAUUUAGAAUUGCCGUGGAUGAAUGUCUAACUUCAGAACCCAACUACCAAUUCGAGAGUUUAAGAUUGAUUGACAUCCACAUCAACAUUUAUUGAUAUAAGAAAAUGUUCAUCUUUCUCUCAAUGAAUGUAGAUAGCUCUGCAACUAUUAUCUUUCUUAAUAAUUUUAUGUUGGUAGUUUGGGUAGAGCCACUGAAGCCCCAAAACUGCCUCCCUCAAGACAAUUUGCUCAUCCAAAAUGGAUUCUUCCAUCACCGGUUCUGCUAAGAAAAGAAUAGCAGUUGUUACAGGAGCUAGUAAAGGGAUAGGAUUGGAGACAUGUCGACAGUUAGCCUCUAAUGGAGUUCUGGUGGUCUUAACUGCUAGAGAUGAGAAAAGGGGUAUUGAAGCUGUUGAAAAUCUCAUAGGGUCAAGAUGCUCUGAUGUGAUUUUUCAUCAGCUUGAUGUAACGGACCCUUCUAGUAUUGCUUCAAUGGCAAAUUUCAUCAAAACCCAAUUUGGAAAGCUUGAUAUUUUGGUGAAUAACGCAGGAUUUACUGAAGUCUUAAUAGACGGAGAUGCUCUGAGUGCGGUGAUGGCAGGGGAUGGUGAUAUAGAAGCCAAGUUUGCCAAAUGGAAGGAAGUAACGACACAGACUUACGAGUUAACAGAAGAAUGUCUGAAAGCAAACUACAAUGGCAUCAAACAAGUGACUGAAGCACUUCUUCCCUUCCUUCAUAUUUCUGAUUCGCCCAGAAUUGUUAACGUUUCUUCCUCAGCUGGGAAGUCAAAGAAUAUCUCAAAUGCCUGGGCUAAGGAGGUGCUAAGUAAUGGGGAUAGCCUCACAGAAGAGAGUGUGGAUGAGGUGUUGAACCAGUUUGUGAAGGAUUUCAAGGAGGGCUUGUUAGAAAGUAAAGGUUGGCCUGAAAUUCUAUCUGCCUACACAGUUUCUAAGGCAACUAUGAAUGCUUAUACAAGGAUUUUAGCAAAGAAGCUCGUCCCAGGGUUCCAUAUAAAUUGUGUAUGCCCAGGCUAUGUCAAAACUGACAUUAAUUGCAAUACUGGGGUGUUAACUGUUGAAGAAGGUGCAGAAAGUGUUGUGAAGUUGGCUCUGCUGCCUGAUGAUGGACCUUCUGGUCUUUUCUUUGUUAGGUCUGAAGUAUCCCCUUUUGAUUAAAAAUGGAUCAAGAUCAUACACCUAGUGGAGAAUCUCUCUCUCUCUUGUGUGGGGUUCGAUGGUAGAUUGAUGUACUUGUUUUUUUUUUUUUUUUCUGGUUUUUUCCGGGGUAAAGAUUGCUGUACUUCUUGUUCCCUAAUAUUAGCAACUCAAAUACAUUAAAAAGAUGAGUUCGCCCUAA